ACCCGUUACAAAGGCCCACCACCACCACCACUACCAGUCUGUGUUUAUGUGGUAGUGAAGCAAACGUUUAAUUCUGCAAAGUUGUUCUGUCACGAGGAAAGGCUGCUUAGAUGAAUAAGUCCCUUCAUGACAACAUUGCUACUCCCUCAACCGUCCUAGUGGCGUGGGUGGCUGUCAGUUGAGGAGGGCGUAACCAGCUUAGGACACAGUGGACUUGGUGUGUGUGGUAACUGGUAGGUGGGCAGCUCUCCUUUCCGUACUGCCAGGAUUAGUGAAGUGAUGUGGUCCCUCAGUCGUGUAUGUUAUAGCUAGUGGUGGGCACAGGUACAGUAGCGGGAGGAGGGGGGGAUGUAAUGCCUGACUGAACGGACCAGCGCUACCGAUCACCUCACUUUUAAGGACACCCAGAACGUAAUACACACAUAUACACGCAUACAACGUCUUAAUCACUCAUAACAUCAUUUUCCCGUCAAUAUCUCCCUCUAGAGCUGGUCAUAAUUGUGUGUCCGUGCUGUCAUAAUGUAUUUUAUAAUCGCUAACAUCCCUGAGAACUUCCACUCUGCUGACUUACGAAACUUCUUCUCAGAGUUCAUAGAAAAGGAGGCAUUUAAUUGCUUCCAUUUCCGCCAUAGACCCCACAGUAACCUAUUGAAUAUUCUGAACAAGUCUAUUAUUUUGUCUGAUGGUGGAGCUAGUACUGGGAAUAAGAGUGACACUGACCACAGGGAGACAACUGACACAACUGCUACAGGGAGUGGCCACAGGGAGGACAGUGACACAACUGCUCCAGGGACAGUGAAUAGCGGUGACAAAGGAUGUAACUCAGGCAGGUUAUCAGAGAGAACAGGAGUUGGUGAGGGUGAGAAUGUCAGCGUGGGGAAUAGCACCAAGACAGAGGUUGAUGGUGAGGGGAAAGGUGAUAGUGAUGGUGAUGAAGCCAGUGAAUGCUCCAAGAAUCACUGGCUAACCUCUGGUCUUGCUGGUCUUGCCUCGCUCAUCAGUGAGAAGAAGAAGCAAGUUAAGCCAAGCAGGAAGUGGCCUUCUGAUGUUGAGGAAGGUGACAGUAAGACAUCUAGUGUUAAGGAGGGCCAGAAUGUGUCUGAGGGGGACAGUAGCAGUGUGGCCAGGAACAACAGCAAAGACCAGCCUUCCUCAUCCCUUGUGGAAAUGCUGCCCCCACUGCAGAGUGAGGAGGCAUCAAAGAGGACCUGCUGUGUGGUGGAGGUGAAGGACAGCCUCCAGGAAAGGUUUAUGAGGAAGUACGACCGCAAGCACUGGCUGACUCGCUCGGGUGAUAUCCUGCCCCAGCGCUGCUACCUCCUCGGGGUGGACUUCAGGGACUCCCAGACCAGUGACAGCGAGGAAUAUAAGACCCACCAGGAACACAGCGCCCUCAGCCUGGUGUCCGCUACCGUGCGAGAUCUCCUGGAAUUCCGACCACCACCCAUCAUGCCACAGGGCAACGUGGGCACCCCAACACACCACUUCAAGAUGCUGAUCCGAACCUGCCAGAUGCCCGGCACACUCAUCAAGAAGCUGGGCCUGGAGUUCCCCAGAGCAAGAGGCAAGAAGCGGUUUGGCCAGGUGCUUGACUACGGAACAAGUGUGGUGGCCGGCCAGGAGGGCAGUGAAGGUGGGAAAGAGGCAAACAUCGCCUUCACUGCCACUGGCCAUCUCAUUCCAACCUCAGCAGACUUUGAGGAGCAGCAGAAGAGGAGGAGGAGGGAGAAGAGGAGGAUGUCAUCUUUAGGACCUCGACUAGAACUAAAGAAGGAGGAAGAGGAUGGAGCAGAGGUGGAGGAGUGGGAGAGGUAUGAGUCCUUCCAUGAAGACGUCACAUCCCAGGACCGCAUCAAGGAGAGGCGCUUUGAAGAGGAGCUGGAGGUGGUGUGGGAGAAGGGUGGGUCAGGCCUGGUCUUCUACACAGAUGCCCAGUACUGGCGGGCACAGCAAGGCGACUUUGAUGAACAGACAGCUGAUGAAUGGGAUGUGGACAUGUCUGUGUACUAUGAGGAAGGUGCUGGUGACAAAGAUGCGAGGGACAGUGUGGAGAUGACGCAGAGUGACAAGCUGAGGUCUGGCAGUCUGGCACCCUCUGUGUUUGUCAAGAGAAAGGCAGAGGAAGAGUCAUCAACUAAAGCAAGGAAAAGGAGAGAGAGGAGAAUAAUAGGCCCCACACCACCCCCUACUAUUGGCAGAUUUGAGGCCCACACGCGAGGGUUUGGCCGCCGCAUGAUGGAGGCUCAGGGCUGGAAGGAGGGACAGGGGCUGGGGGCAGGCUCAGCUGGGAUGCCCUAUGCUCUGGAGGGAGAUGGACAGCACCCACUUGAUAGGAAGGGCUUUGGCUACCACGGAGAGAAGCUACAAGGUUGGUCAUCCUCCUCCUCCUCUACCUCCACCUCCAGCACAACACGGAGACCUCAGCACCGCCACCACCGCAUCUCCACUAUAUUUGACCGGACAGAAGAUGCAGACCCUCCCACACCAGCACUCAGAACGCCGGAGCCAACUGCCCUCUCCCAUCGCCCUCGCUGACACAAACCUUGCCUUAUCCAUGUACAAGAACCCACAUCACAGAAUAGCCUCUUUAUAACAAGAAAAAAGGAUAAAAAAUAGAUUGUGCAAUUCAUGUGUGGCUGUAAAAUAAGAAAAUGCAUCUCAAGUGUGGCAAAUAGAGACUUAAAACCUCAUGAUUUGAUAAGGCUGUUGGUAGAUAAGUCAAUUGGUCACUUUCUGGCAAGUUGGUCUGUCUAGUGAAGGAGAAUCUUGCCCUUCUUGACAAUAUAAUGAGUGUGAAUGUAGGAUACAGUGCCCAGUAAAUAAGUCAGCUGGUCAGACUGCAUUUUAAUGGUGUCUGUUGAAAGGAGUCGUGUGUGUGGUGGGGCUGUGAAAGUAAUAGUAGUAGUAGUUGAUGUGUUUUUGUAAAUGUGAGUGAAGGAUUAAUGUUCAGAUGUAUAUUUUUGUACUUAUUAUUUCUCCACUUUUUCCUUUUGUAAAUUUAUAACCAACUUCUAUUUAAUGCAAGGCCUCAAUAUUAUUCAAACUCUUCAGUACCAGGACACAUUUCCAUAUUCAUUCUGGUUACUAUUCGGUGGUUUUAUACAGCUUCAGAAACUCAUGUGGGGAUUAAAAUAGUAAAGACUCUGGCCAUUAACCUUCUGACCUCCAUAGAGCCUUCCUAAUGCAAAUAAAAAUGUCUAAUCAUACCUAAAUCUCAAGGUAAACAAUGCGUCCCAGUACAGAAGGGGUAAAGUAUGAAUUUACAUGAGUCAAGUUGUGAAAUAAAGUAUUCCUGUUUUCUUA